AUGGCUACCAACGUUGGCCCUCAAAUCCGCUCUGGAGAGCUCGUCUUUGGCGUUGCUCACAUCUACGCCUCUUUCAACGAUACCUUCGUUCAUAUCACUGAUUUGACCGGUAAGGAAACCAUCACCCGUGUUACUGGUGGUAUGAAGGUCAAGACCGACCGUGAUGAGUCUUCUCCUUACGCUGCCAUGUUGGCCGCUCAAGACGCUGCUGUCAAGUGCAAGGAAGUUGGUGUCACCGCUCUUCACAUUAAGAUCCGUGCUACCGGUGGUACUGCUACCAAGACUCCUGGCCCUGGUGCUCAAGCCGCUUUGCGUGCUUUGGCUCGUGCUGGUAUGCGUAUUGGCCGUAUCGAAGACGUUACUCCCAUCCCUACCGACUCUACUCGUAGAAAGGGUGGUCGCCGUGGUCGCAGACUUUAA